AUAUGCCAAACGUCUGCACAAGGUGGUGAGAAGGCUGGUCCCAAACUGUGACGUUCGGUUCCUGCUCUCUGUGAGCGGCAGUGGGAAGGGGGCUGCCAUGGUCACAGCGGUGGCGUACAGGCUGGCCGCUCAGCGCAAGCAGAUCGACGCCGCUCUCGCACCGUUCCUCCUGUCCCUGGAGACCCUCAGAGAAGUUAAGGACAAAAUGAGGACUGAGCUGGAGUAUGGGCUAAAGCGAGAGACACAAGCCAGUGCCUCAGUGAAGAUGUUACCCACGUACGUCUGCGGGACACCCGAUGGAACAGAGAAAGGAAAGUUCCUUGCCCUUGAUCUUGGUGGGACAAACUUCAGGGUUCUGCUGGUCAAAAUCAGAAGCGGGAGAAGAAGAUCGGUGCAAAUGUAUAAUAAAAUCUUUGCCAUUCCUUUGGAGAUCAUGCAAGGGACAGGGGAAGAGCUCUUUGACCAUAUUGUUCAGUGCAUAGCAGACUUCCUGGACUAUAUGGGGAUUAAAGGUGCUCGACUGCCUCUGGGCUUCACCUUCUCCUUCCCGUGUAGGCAAGCCAGCAUUGACAAGGGAACACUUGUGGGAUGGACAAAAGGUUUCAAGGCAACAGACUGUGAGGGUGAAGAUGUUGUUGAUAUGCUGAGAGAGGCCAUCAGGAGAAGAAAUGAGUUUGACUUGGACAUUGUAGCAGUGGUGAAUGACACUGUUGGGACAAUGAUGACAUGUGGAUACGAGGAUCCGAACUGUGAGAUCGGCCUUAUCGCAGGAACGGGCAGCAACGUGUGCUACAUGGAGGACAUGAAAAACAUAGAAAUAGUGGAAGGGAAUGAAGGAAAAAUGUGCAUUAAUACAGAAUGGGGAGGAUUUGGUGACAAUGGCUGCAUUGACAACAUCAGAACAAAAUAUGAUAAAGAAGUAGAUGAAGGCUCACUAAACCCAGGGAAACAGAGGUAUGAAAAAAUGACCAGUGGAAUGUACCUAGGUGAAAUAGUGAGACAAAUUUUGAUCGACUUAACCAAACAAGGACUGCUGUUCAGAGGACAGAUUUCGGAAUCACUCAGGAAAAGAGGCAUAUUUGAAACAAAAUUCCUCUCUCAGAUUGAAAGCGACCGGCUCGCCCUCCUCCAAGUCCGGCGAAUCCUGCAGCAGCUCGGCCUGGACAGCACGUGUGAUGACAGCAUCAUUGUGAAAGAGGUGUGUGGGGCUGUUUCCAAAAGAGCUGCCCAGCUCUGUGGGGCAGGACUGGCAGCUAUUGUCGAGAAGAAGAGAGAAAACCGAGGUGUGGAGCACUUGCAAAUCACCGUUGGAGUAGAUGGGACUUUGUACAAGCUCCACCCACAUUUUUCUAGGGUCCUGCGUGAAACAGUCAAGGAACUGGCACCCCAAUGUGAUGUGACUUUCAUGCUUUCUGAAGAUGGAAGUGGGAAGGGAGCUGCCCUCAUUACUGCAGUAGCAAAAAGAUUGCAUAAUGUUGGACAGAAGUGAAAAUCAGAGGCCAAGUAAUUUCAGCACUGCCAGGCGUGUGCACUAGAGAUUUCCUGAGUGGUGAUUCAAGAUAGUUUGGCCAGACACCAGUACGCAGGUACCUGUUUUCAGGGAGCAGCUGGUUUUUGACCAACCAGGAUUGUGGAUUUUUGUCCUUUGAUAACUUGGAUUGGAUGUUUCUGCUCCCCACUGGCUUUAUGUCUUGGCAUACCACAGUCUACUCAGUUCUUUACUUCCUGCAGUCCAUCUGUAAUGCUCAUGAGACAGCACAAACAAAGCAAAACAACCCAAAUUUUGUCUUUUUACAAUGGCUCAAUUAAGCUACUGCACUACAAGUGGAUUUAUCACCAGUUUCUUAGGAUUUGUUUGUGUUUUAGUUUUGGCUUCACCUGGCUCAAAAAAUACUGAGGUCCCUGAUGCUGCACCUAUCUAAUGGACAUAUUUGUUCAAUGCUUCACAGGUUUUACAAUAAAUCUGAAAGUAAA